AUGGGUCUGGGGGCACUAGAAGGGGAGUCGCUGGAGGCGAGGCGGGGCCGGCUGCGCGCCGAGCGCUUGGAGCGGCUGCUGCGCCUCAACGACCUGCGCUGCCGCCUGGCCCCGGUCUACGGCAGCGAGGUCCUGGCCUUCUGCACCCUGCCCCCCGCCCGCCGCCCCCCGCCCUGGGCCGGCCUGCCCGGCGCCGUCCUCAGCCCCCCGCAGCGCCUGGAGCAGCUGCAGCCCCUGCUCGACAGGUUCCUGGUGGCCCUCCCUGCGGUGCAGUCCCCGGGGGUGUCCCUGGCCAGCUGCCGGCCGCUGCCCUGGCGCCUGCGGCAGGCGGCGCUGCUGGGAGAGCGCCUGCGGGGGGCGCUGGAGCCCAGCCCCGGCCAGGGAGCUCUGCAGCGCCUCCUGCAGGCACAGCGCUGCCACUUCCCCGAGCUGCGCCUGGUGCAGUACGACUGCGGGAAGCUGCAGACCCUGGACCUGCUGCUGCGCCGGCUGAAGGCCGAGAGCCACCGGGUGCUGAUCUUCACGCAGAUGACUCGGAUGCUGGACGUGCUGGAGAGGUUCCUCACCUACCAUGGCCACAUCUACCUGCGCCUGGAUGGCAGCACCCGCGUGGAGCAGCGCCAGGCGCUGAUGGAGAGGUUCAACGCGGACAAGAGAAUCUUCUGCUUCAUCCUCUCGACGCGCAGCGGCGGCGUCGGCGUCAACCUGGCCGGCGCCGACACCGUCGUCUUCUACGACAGCGACUGGAACCCCACCAUGGACGCCCAGGCGCAGGACCGCUGCCACCGCAUCGGCCAGACCCGCGACGUCCACAUCUACCGGCUGAUCAGCGAGAGGACAGUGGAGGAGAACAUCCUGAAGAAGGCCAACCAGAAGAGGCUGCUGGGGGACAUGGCCAUCGAGGGAGGCAACUUCACCACCGCCUACUUCAAGCAGCAAACCAUCCGAGAGCUCUUCGAGAUGGCCCCGGAGGAGCCUGGCAGGAAGGAGCUGGACAGGGACAGGGAUGGAGAGCUCCAGGAGGAGGAUGAGGACCUGGUGGCCACCCGCAGGACUCACAUCCUGGAGCAGGCGCUGUGUGGGGCGGAGGACCCCGAGGACAUCCGCGCAGCCUCCCAGGCCCAGGCCGAGAGGGUCGCAGCCCUGGCGGAGUUCAGCGACAGCCUCAGCCCCGAGGAGGAGCCCAGGGCAGAGCCUGAGGAGGAGACCUCCAGGGCUGAGCAGGAGAUCGCAGCCCUGGUGGAGCAGCUGACCCCCAUCGAGCGCUACGCAAUGAACUUCCUGGAGGCCUCCCUGGAGGACGUCAGCAGGGAGGAGCUGAAGCAGGCAGAGGAGCAGGUGGAGGCUGCUCGCAAGGACAUCGACCAGGCCAAGGUGGCCGCCGGCCGCUUCCGGCUGCUGCCCCCUGCCGGGGAGGAGGAGGAGGAGCAGGAGGCCGCCUCGGGCCCCGCCCUGGGCGCGGGGGCCGGGGCGGGCACCACGUCCCCGCAGCCCCCCCCGGCCACCCCGCCCCCGGCCACGCCUUCCCCUCCUUCCUCCCCCUCCCCGCCCAGCCCUCCGGCGGCAGCAGCCCAGGAGCCGCCGGGCGAGGCCGGGGCGGGGCCGGGGGGCGUGGCGGGGGCGGGGCCGGGGCGUGCCCCCCGGCGGCGGCGCAGCGCCGACGUGGAGAUCCGGCAGAGCCGCGGCCCGGGGCCGGCAGCCAAGGUCCUGCGGCAGCUCCCGGGGCGCUUGGUCACCGUCCUGGAGACCCCCGCCCAGGGCAGGCAGCAGCAGCAGCGGCGCCGGCAGCCCCCCCGGCGCUGCUCGGCGGCGCCCCCCGCGGCCAACACUCGCUCGGCCUCCGCGGCCUCCCCUGGGGGCUCCCCGGCGGCGGCGGCGCCCCCGGAGGUGGCCCUGCGAGGCCGCAAGGCCAAGACGUGA